AUCGUCCGAUACGGUUUGCAGGACAUUCCUUAUGAUCAACAAUUUCAAAGGUUACUCGCCGUUGGCAGGUUGAAGGCUUUCGUCGGUAGAAACACUGAGGUUCGUAGGUACUUUCCUGAUUUUGAACCCAUGGAUAUCUCCAAAUGGAUAGAAACUCAAUCGGACGCGCA